AUGUCAUCACAAAAGAAAUCCAGUACGGCGCAGCAAUCAAAUGUGGCACCUGUGGUGCACAAGUUCGUCGAAGAGUAUGAACCAACAAAAGCAGAUUCAUAUCGAAAGAAAGUGGUGUUGGAUGGGGAAGAGUGUUCAAUCGAUAUCCUUGAUACAGCUGGUCAAGAAGACUACUCUGCGAUCAGGAAGAAUGGUGAAAACGCAAUGAGGAACGGAAUGAUCCGAUUCUUCGGUAUCAUUCCUAACCCAUUCGUAUAG